AUGUGGGGCCAGGCCUCAAAGCCCCCCGGCCGACGGGGUCUCCUUUCCUCUGCCGGUAGCCGCUGGCCGAUCCUGUGCGCUUGCUCCCAAGGAAGCGAGACUCCGUCUCAGGACCCCCCACCCCACCCCCCCCGUGGGCAAGACCUGAGCCGGCUGACAAGGAAGGCCGUCGAGGCUGGAUGUGGUCGCCAGGACUCCAACACGGGCCUGGGCAAAAGGCGGCUCCAGGUUAUCACCCUGUCCUCCUUUGUCUUCUCCUAUCUUUAUCAGCAUCAGACUUUGAACACUCAGUCCCAAAUACGGACACUGACCUUGGGGGGCGGCAGAAAAAGGGCCGGGCGGGGACUCCUGAUGAGCUCCGGCCCCCCAGGCUUUUGCCGGCCCCUUUGCGCGCGCCCGUCGUCGCGCUGGCUCAGUUCCUCGAGGCGGGGCGCCUGUGCAGGUCCAGGCCGGCAGCUCCGGCGACGCAGCCCGCAGAGCUGCCCAGCGCGGCUCCUCCGCUGGCUGGCUGGCGGGGGCGGCUGCGGGCUGCAUGCGCGGCACCGCUGCUGCAACUGGGGGCGCCGAGCGCUGCUGCUGCUGCUGCUGCUGCUGCUGCUGCUGCUGCUCUGCAUGGAGCGCCGACUGGCCGACUUCCGAGCUGCUCGCGGCGCGACCGCCGGGCCCCCGCCCGCCAAGCCCCCUCCCGAGGCCGCCGCGGCUCCGGUGACCGAAGAAGAGGCCGCCCAGCCCCGCAGGGAGGAAUCCAGCCAGAGGACGCACAGCCCCGAAGGCCCAGCCGCGUCAGCCCUGCCGCCGUGGUGGACACACUACUUCUUUGUAAAUGUGACCUUUCUGAAGUUUCUCCUGUGGCUUGUCUUGCUGGGACUCUUUGUGGAACUGGAGUUCGGUUUGCCUUAUUUUGUCCUCUCCAUGUUUUAUUGGAUCGCAUAUGUAGGGACCCGGUAA